AUGGAUGUGUUUACUGAAGAGAUCAGGAAUGAAGAGCUGUGGGAGUUGUUAUAUGCCGAUGAUCUGGUGAUUACUGAUGAAAAUGAGGAGGACCUACGGAGAAGGGCUGGAGAGUGGCAGGAGUCUUUAGAGAGGGGUGGCUUAAAGGUGAAUGUGAAUAAAACAGAGGUUUUGCUAAGCAAUAGGGAAGAUAGAGACAGAAUAGUAAUACAUGAAAGAAGAGGCUCAGUUAUAAAACACGCAGAAAACUUUAAAUACUUAGGAUCUACUUUAAGACAAGAGGGAGGAUGUGAGGCUGAAGUUGACAGUAGGAUAAAAGCUGCAUGUGGGUAG